AUGACAGAAAGCAACCAAACUAUCAUCCCAGAGUUCCUCCUCCUGGGCCUACACAUCCAGGGAGAGCAACAACACCUGUUCUAUGUCCUGUUCCUGGCCAUGUAUCUUACUACCAUUCUGGGGAAUCUCCUCCUUAUUGUCUUCAUCCUGCUGGACUCCCAUCUUCACACACCCAUGUAUUUUUUUCUCAGCAACUUGUCCUUCUCUGAUCUCUGCUUUUCCAGUGUGACCAUGCCUAAAAUGCUACAGAACAUGCAGAAUCAAGUGCCUUCCAUGCCCUAUGCAGAAUGCCUGACACAAAUGUACUUCUUUCUGCUUUUUGCUGACCUGGAGAGCUUUCUCCUCAUGGCCAUGGCCUAUGACCGCUAUGUGGCCAUCUGCUUCCCCCUGCACUACACCAGCAUCAUGAGCCCCAAGCUCUGUGUGUACCUAGUGGUAAUGUCCUGGGUGAUGACCAUGUUUCAUGCCUUGUUACAUACCCUACUCAUGACCAGAUUGUCCUUCUGUGAGAACAAUGUGAUUCCUCACUUUUUCUGUGAUUUGUCUGCUCUGCUGAAGCUUGCCUGCUCUGACACUCAUGUCAACAAGUUGGUGAUAUUUAUCAUGGGAGGAUUUGUUGCUGUUAUUCCAUUCCUGCUCAUCAUCAUGUCUUAUGCACGAAUUGUAUCCUCCAUCCUAAAGUUCCUUUCUGUCCGAAGUAUCCACAAGAUUUUCUCUACCUGUGGUUCCCACCUGUCUGUGGUGUCACUGUUCUAUGUGACAGCUGGUACUCUCUAUUUAUGCCCACCCGCUAAUAAUUCCACUAAGAAGGAGACUGUCAUGGCUCUGAUGUACACAGUGGUGACUCCCAUGCUGAACCCCUUCAUCUACAGCCUAAAGAACAGAGACAUGCAUGAUGCCCUGAGGAGAGUUCUAUGUAAGAAUAAAAUUCCUUACUGCUUAUGA